AUGGCGUUGAGUGCAAGAACCGCUUCGCGAGCACUACGAUCUGCAAAGGCACGCCCAUUUGCUUCAGUGCAUGCCUGCAGCUACUCUUCAUCCUCUGAGCCAGACCUCAAGGAGACUUUCAAGAAGGUCCUUCCAGCCAAGCGCGAACUUUUGAAGAAGGUCAAGGCACAUGCAGAUAAGAAGCUCGGCGAUGUCAAGGUUGAGAAUGCCUUGGACUUCAGAGGUCUCAAAGCUAUGGUCUGGGAAGGAUCGGUUCUUGACGCGAACGAGGGAAUCCGCUUCCAUGGAAAGACAAUCAAGGACUGCCAAAAAGAGCUUCCCAAGGGUACCUCUGGCACUGAAAUGUUGCCAGAGGCCAUGUUCUGGCUGUUGCUCACAGGAGAGGUUCCUUCGGUAGCACAGACUCGUGCUCUCUCACGGGAACUGGCCGAGAAGGCUGCCAUCCCGAAGUUUGUGGAGAAGAUGCUGGAUGACUUCCCAAAGGAUCUCCACCCAAUGACACAAUUCGCCUGCGCCGUCUCCGCACUUAACUAUGAGUCCAAGUUUGCAAAGGCGUAUGAGAAGGGUAUCAACAAGGCUGACUACUGGGAGCCCACCUUCGAUGACAGCAUCAGCCUGCUCGCGAAGCUCCCUACUAUCGCCGCCAAAAUCUACCAGAACGCAUACCGCGGUGGAGGUGCGCUCCCCGCCGAGGUAGAUGUCGAGCAAGAUUGGGCCUACAACUUUGCUGCCAUGUUGGGCAAAUCUGGCAAGGAGAAUGAGGGAUUCCAAGAUCUUCUCCGUCUGUAUCUCGCUCUACACGGCGACCACGAGGGCGGUAACGUGUCUGCACAUGCAACCCACUUGGUUGGCUCUGCGCUCAGCGAUCCCUUCCUCAGUUACAGUGCCGGCCUUCAGGGUCUGGCUGGACCCCUCCACGGCCUCGCGGCCCAAGAGGUGCUUCGCUUCAUCAUCGACAUGCAAAAGUCGGUUGGCGAAAAGUUCAGCGAGAGCGACGUGAAGAACUACCUCUGGAGCGUGCUCAAGUCUGGGCGUGUCAUCCCUGGAUACGGUCACGCGGUGCUGAGGAAGCCCGAUCCCCGCUUCGAGGCACUGAUGGACUUUGCCAAUGCCCGCCCUGACAUUGCGGCCAACCCGGUUUACCAGCUUGUCAAGAAGAACUCCGAGGUCGCUCCGGGUACAAAGAACCCCUUCCCCAACGUCGACUCGUCUUCGGGUGUUCUCUUCCACCACUACGGAUUCAAGGAGACACUCUACUACACGGCAACCUUUGGUGUCAGCCGCGGUCUCGGUCCUCUUGCACAGCUCAUCUGGGACAGGGCACUGGGUCUGCCUAUUGAGCGCCCCAAGUCCAUCAACCUCCAGGGUAUCUUGAACCAGGUUGGUGCAUAG